CAGUUCAUCUCCUAACUAUUUGUCAUCCCUGUGUUUUGUUUUAUUACCCUGGGUCUCUCUCUCUCUCUCUCUCUCUCCUGAACUUUUGAUUCUGAGAUUAAUGGCGAAGGGCAGUACGAUUGGCUUUUUAAAUUAAAUACCCAGCUCCCGCGCAGGCCACCUAGUUUUCCAUGGUAGAGUUCGAAAGCUCAUCCUCUACCACCACCCUUCACUCUCCAUCUCAAUCUUAUCUCCGCUCCCUCCGCCCGCCGCACACGACGCCGCCUACAUCGACAAACGUCUUCCGCCACCGUCCCUUCCCUCUCCUUCCGUCUCCUCCCGACCGUCUCACUCCCCCAAGACCAUCCCGCAUCCUCCAUGCCCAAACCCCUGCAGUCCUUCGACCUCACGCGCCUCAACAACCCCAACCUCCGCCAGACCCUGCUCGACAUUUCCCAAACCUCCACCCCCAAAGCCCUCGUCAUCGACUUCUUCUGCAAGCGGCGCGCCCUCCGAAUAUCGCCUGUCGAAGUUCAAAUCCCCACCUUCUUCUUCUUCACCUCCGGCGCAUACGGCCUCGCCGUCUUCCUCUACCUUCCCACAAUUCACCACCGCAACACCCCCCGGACAUUCAAAGAUCUCCCCGCCGGCACUCACCUCGAUGUCCCUGGCGCUCCGCCGUUUCUGCUCUCCGACAUGCCCCAGGAAAUGCUAAAUUUCGAGAUUUUUUAUCGGAACUUCUUAUCCACGGCGAUCCAGAUGGCAAAAUCGGCAGGAAUCAUCGUGAACACGUUCAGGUUGUUGGAAGAAAACGCAAUCAAAACAAUUGAGGAAGGUCUGUGCGUCCCCGGCGAUCGAACGCCCCCCAUUUUUUGCAUGGGGCCACUGGUUACCACUUCCGCCGCUGCCGAUAAGAAACAUGAUUGCUUAAUCUGGCUGGAUUCGCAACCGGAGCGAAGCGUCGUGUUUCUGUGUUUCGGGAGUAGGGGGCAGUUCUCGGAGGCGCAGCUGAAGGAAACGGCGGCGGGAUUGGAGAGAAGCGGCACUCGGUUCAUGUGGGUGGUGCGCAAUCCACCCGCCGGAGGCGAAACUGGGCCCAAUUUAGCGGGGGGCAAGGCGAGCUUGGAGUCCUUGCUGCCGGUAGGAUUUUUGGACAGGACGAGGGACAGGGGUCUAGUUGUAAGGGACUGGGCGCCGCAAGCGGCGGUGCUGAGUCAUGACUCGGUGGGCGGGUUCGUGACUCACUGCGGAUGGAACUCGAUUCUGGAAGCGGUGCGUGGCGGGGUGCCUAUGGUUGCGUGGCCUCUGUACGCGGAGCAGAGGUUGAACAGGACAGCGUUGGUGGCGGCGAUGGGGGUGGCAUUGCCGGUGAACGUGUCGGAAAACGGGUUUGUGAGUGCGGAUGAGUUGGCAGAACGGGUGAGCGAGUUGAUGGACUCAGAGAAGGGCAAAGCGGUCAGGGAACGAGUCGCGGCAAUGAGAGAUGGUGCAAUGGAGGCAAUGAGGGCGGGGGGAUCGUCUAUUGUUGACUUGGCCAAAUUUGUCGACUCACUGAGACUAGGGUGAGCGAGUUGGACGACUCAGUCCUGGUCAAGGACUCGGUUGGCCAAAUAAUUCACUGAGACUAUGCUUUGAUAACACUAUGUCGUAUAUUUUGGACUUUUUAAUAAUUAAAAUCAACUAUUUCUAAGUA